AUGAGCUGGAGGGUUUCCUGCAAGACUGCACUGUUGGAUGAACUCUUCACAUACAUCGCUGGGAAAACUGAUGCGAACACAUUACAAAAGGAAUGUGUUUUAGCUCUGCCACAACUGGAAACAUUGGCAAAGAUGUUAGGUUUUUCACUAGAUGACAUGUCAAUGUACCGCUUGGCGUGGAGCUGGUCGUGCGAGGCGCCACUGUGCAUUCGAAAAAGUGAAUUUGUGAAUGGGAUGAAUGCCAUUUGUAGUGGCGUGAAGCUUUCCGCCACCGCGACUUCCUCCACAUGCUCGGCGUCACCGGUUAAAUCACCCAAGAAGGAAUUUGAGCCAAUUCUCUUGGCGUUGCGGAACCAUGUUGAAACUCUGGAUGGUGCGUUGCGCGGUGAUGUGACAAAGUUUAGACAUUUUUACCGCUUCAUUUACAAGUGGGUUCAGUCUCCUUUAACGAUGGAGAGGAAUAUGGGUCAAGUAGGAAUGUCCAUCGAAACCGCUGUGGAAUUAUGGCGGAUGCUUUUUCCACACUACAGGGAGUUUAAACGAUUGGAUGACUGGAUAACAUUCUGUAUGAGUAAAAAGCUUUUCCCUCACGGGAUCAUUAGUCGAGAUUUGUGGGAGCAGUUGCUGGAGUUCACCUUUGUGACAGACUACAGCAAGUAUGAUGUUAGUGAUGCAUGGCCCAGUGCAAUGGAUGAUUUUGUUGAGUACGUUAAAUCAAAAGUGUGA